AGCCUUGUCUUUUUUAUCUCAUUCAUUUUAUUUUCUGAAACUGAAUCUUUUUUCUUCCCAUUUUGAGAUCUAUUCCUCAUCUUAUCAUGGGCGAAAGGAACUUUCGAAAAUUUGGCCUGGGUGUGAUCCUCACGGCCCUCAUCCUCUACACGGUGCUCUUUAUGGACACGCAGAUAUACGAGUCCGGCGGGAAGAUACACAAUGCGUUCUUUGUGAACACAGACGGAUGUCGUGUUGUAGCCAUGGAUGUGAUGAAUCCGACGAUCGCCAAAUACACCGACUGGGAGUGGAACGACGAACGAUUCUAUCUGGAGUGCCCAUAUCAGACUUGGUUCCGAACGGAGGUGGCCAAGGGGGAGUGGUACCUGAAGCUAAUCCGCGACAUCGACAAGAUCCUGGAGGAAAACGAUCUAACCCACGACUGGCAGAUAAAGUGCUUUUGGUUCCACAUGGACGUCAUGUCGCGAUGGAAGGCCAAGCUCACACACGAAACUCAGUUUGCGCUGGAGUUUCCAUAUGCCGUGAAAGUGCCGAAAGGUGUGAGGCACUUGCGAGUGAAGUGCAUAAAUACUUUCACGAACAAAUCCUUGUACGAAGAUGCCCAUUUCUUCAUUCAACCGCCACCCGAAAAGUUGCUCAAGAAGGCUCCACCCACUUUAAAGUACUGGGAUGAGGAGAAGCACUCAAAUAGGGAGACACCGCCCAUUUCCGUGAUGAUCUUGGGCCUGGAUUCCGUAUCGCACCUUAAUUUGCUUCGUCAAAUGCCGGAGGCGGUGCGAUACAUGCGCCAGAAUAUGUCGCAUGUGGAGUUUUGGGGCUUCAACAAGAUCGGCACCAAUACCUAUCCGAAUCUGAUACCUCUACUCACGGGUCUGAGUGCCAUAGAGUCGCAAAAGUUUUGGCUUACACAGGGCUAUAUGGAUGACUUACCACUGAUUUGGAAGGAGUUCAAGAGGGCAGGCUAUAAUACAAGUUUUGCCGAGGACAUGGCCAUAUACUCGAUGUUUUACUAUGGCAAGCCAGGCUUCAAGCGCCCCACCACGGAUAACAAUUUGCACGAGUUUAUGGUGGACAUGUACAUCCUGAGGCAGCCCAGUUCCAUGGCAGACACCCAUUGCGUUGGGGAGAGGACCUUCAUGGAUGUCCUGUUGGAGAUGAACGACCGGCUGCUGCCUCACAAACAGCGCUACCCAUUCUUCUCGUUCUACUGGUGGGCCAAUGGCUUCCAUGAGUUCUUCAAUUCUCCUCGUCUUGCGGAUGGAAGAUUUGAGCGAUUGCUGCGGAGCCUCGAUGACGCCGGAAUUACCAAUAACACCAUUAUACUCUUUAUGUCGGAUCAUGGCCUGCGGUGGGGUCGCUUUCGCAGAAGCUUCCAGGGAAUGAUUGAGGACUGUCAGCCCUUCUUGUCCGUUAUGUAUCCCGAUUGGAUGAGGAAGAAGUACCCCACGGCCAUUAGGAAUCUAGCUGGCAAUGCUCAUAGCCUAAUAACCACCUACGAUCUUCACGAGACCUUGAAGCAUAUCUUGGACCUGAAAUCGCUGAAUGACAAGAGCAUUGCCCAGAAGACUGAGGAAUUGUGGAAGCUCAAGGGUCUGGAAACCCCGAGGGCCGUCAGCCUGUUUCUACCCAUUCCACCUUGGAGGACCUGCAACACUUCGCACAUACCCAGUGAAUUCUGCCUGUGCCACAAGCAGGUUUCCAUUCCCGAGAACAAUCGACUGGCGAGGAAAGCGGCCAGCAUUAUAAUUGAUUAUGUCAACCAAUUGAUGGCGGAGUAUCCGGUUUGCAUUCCCCUGGAAUUGGAAUCGAUAGAGAGUGCCUAUUUCGCUGCUCCCCAGAGGGAUAAUGAAUAUUACAUUGAGAAGGGGCACAAGAAUGCGUAUCCCGAGCAAGGACCCUACUGGGAGAAGAAAAAAUACGAGGACAGGGAUAUCGUGGUGCGAUUGAAGACCAAGCCGGGAAAUGCCUACUUCGAGGGCAUGACCCGCAGGCAGGGCAAAAGACUUUCCCUCGUGGGGGAUGUGGUUCGAGUUGGAGAUGAUGGCAAUAAGAACAACGACUGCAUCGAGAAUGCCCUGCUGGAACCAUUUUGUCACUGCGCACUAUAGGUUUUUCAAUUUAUUUUAACAAGAAAAUAACAAUAAUAAAGUCGUGCCAAACUUUCA